GAGGGCGGCGCGGAGCCUGGCAGUGGCGGCGCCGCGGGCCUGGCCCUGGUGGAGGGCACCGUAGGCCGCGCCGCCCGCGUCGGGGACCCCGGGGACCUGGUGGCCCUGGCCCGGCAGGUGCAGCAGGCAGACGACUUCAUCCGAGCGAACGCCUGCAAUAAGCUGACCGUCAUCGCCGAGCAGAUCCGGUACUUGCAGGAGCAGGCUCGGAAGGUCUUGGAUGAAGCUAACAGAGAUGCUGAUCUGCACCACGUGGCCUGCAACCUGGUGAAGAAGCCAGGAACCAUUUACUACAUGUACAAGCGGGAGAGCGGCCAGCGAUACUUCUCCAUCCUCUCUCCUAAGGAAUGGGGGACCUGUCCCCACGAAUUUCUCGGUGCCUAUAAGCUCCAGCACGACAUGUCCUGGACUCCGUUUGAGGACAUUGAGAGACGAGAUGCUGAAAUAAACAUCCUGGAUAAGCUGCUGAGCCGGCAGGCAGCGCUCCCCUCGUCUACGGAGCCCAACUUCCAGGGCCUGACCAAGUGACACAAGUGACCAUACGGGACCCCCUGCGUGAGCACACACAGGCAGGGCAAGGAAAGAGACCAAAACCUAAAAACGCUGACGCUGCCACUACUUGCUCGGUGCUUUAAUGAGACUAAUUCUGCAUUCAGUCUUACUGGAUUUUCUAGUAACGGAGUAAUUUAUUUCUUUGACUUAUGCCAAGCUGUAGCGAGAGGCAGAUGAUAUCAGGGGGAAUCAAUUCCAAGAGGGCUUGGGGCAAAAAGCAAAACCGCUUGGGGCAGAUGUGCUGAUGCUGUAUAUAAAUAAGUCCUCCCUGUC